AAUGAUUUCCAAUUCCAAAUUUAUUUUCUGCUCACCCAGCCCAUUUCCAAUUGACACCAAGAGAUAAUAAAGAUGUAAUUCUGAUUGCAAUAAUGACGAAUACAAUGCAGCCACAAGUUCAUACAAUGCAGCCACAAGCCACAGGACGCAUCAUCCACAAUUGCAUCCAAGUCUUUCAUGCAAGGGAAAUUUCUGCCAGAAAUCUUGGAAGAAAGGAUCAGCUGGAAUGUAAAGCUGCUCAACUAAAGACGACAGUGGCUUUAAAAUAUAAAAUUAAACAAAACUUUAUAUUUACCACAUUUUCUUCUUACAAUGAAAGGAUGAGAAAGUAA